CCUUUACGGCACGAUGGUCGCGCAAGAAUGUGAUACAGCUUCAACGGCCGCCAUUUUCUUUCUUUCUUAGCUGAGAGGAAGUCUCUGAACGGGCGGCAGCGGCUAGCGUAGUGUAACCAUGGCAGACUAUUCAACAGUGCCUCCACCGUCUUCUGGCUCAGCUGGUGGCGGCGGUGGCGGCGGUGGUGGUGGAGGAGUUAACGACGCUUUCAAAGAUGCACUGCAGAGAGCCCGGCAGAUUGCAGCAAAAAUUGGAGGUGAUGCUGGGACAUCACUGAAUUCAAAUGACUAUGGUUAUGGGGGACAAAAAAGACCUUUAGAAGAUGGAGAUCAACCAGAUGCUAAGAAAGUUGCUCCUCAAAAUGACUCUUUUGGAACACAGUUACCACCGAUGCAUCAGCAGCAAAGCAGAUCUGUAAUGACAGAAGAAUACAAAGUUCCAGAUGGAAUGGUUGGAUUUAUAAUUGGCAGAGGAGGUGAACAGAUCUCACGCAUACAACAGGAAUCUGGAUGCAAAAUACAGAUAGCUCCUGACAGUGGUGGCCUUCCAGAAAGGUCCUGUAUGUUAACUGGAACACCUGAAUCUGUCCAGUCAGCAAAACGGUUACUGGACCAGAUUGUUGAAAAAGGAAGACCAGCUCCUGGCUUCCAUCAUGGCGAUGGACCGGGAAAUGCAGUUCAAGAAAUCAUGAUUCCUGCUAGCAAGGCAGGAUUAGUCAUUGGAAAGGGGGGAGAAACUAUUAAACAGCUUCAGGAACGGGCGGGAGUUAAAAUGGUUAUGAUUCAAGACGGGCCGCAAAACACUGGUGCUGACAAACCUCUUAGGAUUACAGGAGACCCAUAUAAAGUUCAACAAGCCAAGGAAAUGGUGUUAGAGUUAAUUCGUGAUCAAGGUGGUUUCAGAGAAGUUCGGAAUGAGUAUGGGUCAAGAAUAGGAGGAAAUGAAGGGAUAGAUGUCCCCAUUCCAAGAUUUGCUGUUGGCAUUGUAAUAGGAAGAAACGGAGAGAUGAUCAAAAAAAUACAAAAUGAUGCUGGUGUUCGAAUUCAGUUUAAGCCAGAUGAUGGGACAACACCUGAGAGGAUAGCACAAAUAACAGGACCUCCAGACCGAUGUCAACAUGCUGCAGAAAUUAUUACAGACCUUCUUCGAAGUGUUCAGGCUGGUAAUCCUGGUGGACCUGGACCUGGUGGUCGAGGAAGAGGUAGAGGUCAAGGCAACUGGAACAUGGGACCACCUGGUGGACUACAGGAAUUUAAUUUUAUUGUGCCAACUGGGAAAACUGGAUUAAUAAUAGGAAAAGGAGGUGAAACCAUAAAAAGCAUAAGCCAACAGUCUGGUGCAAGAAUAGAGCUUCAGAGAAAUCCUCCACCAAAUGCAGAUCCUAAUAUGAAGUUAUUUACAAUUCGUGGCACUCCACAACAGAUAGAUUAUGCUCGGCAACUCAUAGAAGAAAAGAUUGGUGGCCCAGUAAAUCCUUUAGGGCCACCUGUACCCCAUGGGCCCCAUGGCGUCCCAGGCCCCCAUGGACCUCCUGGGCCUCCAGGGCCUGGAACUCCAAUGGGACCAUACAACCCUGCACCUUAUAAUCCUGGACCACCAGGCCCAGCUCCUCAUGGUCCUCCAGCCCCAUACGCUCCCCAGGGAUGGGGGAAUGCAUAUCCACACUGGCAGCAGCAGGCUCCUCCUGAUCCAGCUAAGGCAGGAACGGAUCCAAAUUCAGCAGCUUGGGCUGCUUAUUAUGCUCACUAUUAUCAACAGCAAGCACAGCCACCACCAGCAGCCCCUGCAGGUGCACCAACUACAACUCAAACUAAUGGACAAGGAGAUCAGCAGAAUCCAGCCCCAGCUGGACAGGUUGAUUAUACCAAGGCUUGGGAAGAGUACUACAAGAAAAUGGGUCAAGCAGUUCCUGCUCCGACUGGGGCUCCUCCAGGUGGUCAGCCAGAUUAUAGUGCAGCCUGGGCUGAGUAUUAUAGACAACAAGCAGCCUAUUAUGCCCAGACAAGUCCCCAGGGAAUGCCACAGCAUCCUCCAGCACCUCAGGGAUUUGCAAAUCAUGCAAGAAGCUACCACCAUUUAUAUUAACCAGUUUUUCUUUCUUAAAGGAUUCACUCCUGAAUUAGCUCCAUUUCAAGGAUUUUCUUUAACUUUUUGUGUAUUUCUUAUGUAUCUCUUCUGCACAGGGCCAAUAAUAAGAAGUGGACAAUACAGUAUUUGCUUCAUUGUGUGGGGGAAAAAAACCUUUGUUAAAUAUAUGGAUGCAGACGACUUGAUGAAGAUCUUAAUUUUGUUUUUGGUUUAAAAUAGUGUUUUUUUUUUGUUUUUUUUUUUUUGUUUUUUUUUUUUGCAAAUGUACAAAAUAUCUAUCACUACUGAUAGGAGGUUAAUAUUUCUGUGUAGAAAUGAAAAUUGGUUUGUUUUUAGUAUUUAGUGUAGAUGUACACAUUCCAGCAAAUGUAUUUGCAAUUAUGUGGUUGAUGCUUUGUGAUAUAAAUGUACUUUUUCAAUGUAUACUUUCACUUUUAAAAUGCCUGUUUUGUGCUUUACAAUAAAUGAUAUGAAACCUCCUGUGUCGGUAAGUUGGAUAUGUGGGUAUUUAAAGGAUUCAUAAUUUCUUAGCAAUGAUAAAUUAAGAUACAGAUACACAAAUAUAUAAGCUUUCCCCAUGAAAUACUGAGUUUUUAAACACUGGCAUGUUUUUCCCCCCUUGCAGUAUAGUGGUAGAUUGGAGGAUCUUUUCCAUUUAUUGUAUUUGGCUCUUUCAGCACAAGUAAUCCUGGUAUCUUCAUUUUUUUUCCUUCUGUUUGAUUAAAAACUGCAUGUGUGUACAAUGAUCUUCUGGCAUACUUCCAUUGCAUUAACAGUGAAAUUUCCUUUUUAUACAUGACCACUGUUUCAGACCUGUACUGCUGCUAUAACAGUUAACCUUUCUGUUCUUAAUUUGAUAAUACUUGAUUUCCAAGACUGUUUCGGCAUAACUAAUUUUAAACAGUUUUCAGAUAGUGAAUAUGAGUAGUCUAAUAAGAACAGUUUUUUUUCCAUGUAAAGCAACUCUUUCAAUGUAUAUAAUAGUAUGUUUCUUUCUAAAUUUAGGAUAGAAAAGUGAAUAGUGUGCAAAAAGUAUAGCUACAUUGCAUCUGCCAUUGAAACAUAAAUGGGGUAUGGAAACGUUCAAGCUUUUUUUUUUUUCUUUAAGCAGUAUAGAUAAGCUUUGUUUUGUAAAUGCACAAGUCCAAUCAUUGAAUCAACUUAAUUUUUUUAUGUACUUGAAGUCAUUUUAUUACUCUUUAACACUCAUGCUGAAGUUCUGAUAUUUUGUUGAAAUCCAUUGUUUUACUCUUUGCAUAUUUGUUGGCUCUUUGCAUAUUAAUAUAUUAGACUACAUGCAAAUACAGUCUGUCUUGCCAUUGUCUGUUGAAGUGCAGGUUUGAUCCAGCCAGUAUAGAACUAGCUCUGUAGGGGUGAGGAGGACUGUGCUGUGUAUCAUCCUUGAUUGUGUUCCUUCAAGGAGCAUUGCACUGUAAGUACAUCAGAAUGACAAAUUGAUGAACUGCAACAGUAUCUUUUUGUCAAUGUUCCACAUAAUGCAAAUGCCAUACUUUGUGUGAAUAUUAUGUUGGAAUACAGUGCUGAUAUCUUGGAAAACCAUAACUGCUUCUUAAUUUAACAUAGAAUAAUACAUAGUUCUGUAUUUUUUUUAAAGUGAGCUUAAUGGGUAAGUAUUUUUUAUAUGCUUUAGCUAUAGCUAAAGAAAACUGAUACUUAACAAAGUUGAAUAGUAUUAUUCACUGGUGCUCCUGAAAUAUUGUUUUUCAGUGUAAAAUAUGCAUAUAUUCUAUAUUUAAUAUGAAAGUCUUGAAAUGUAUCAGACAGAAGGGGAUUUCAGUUUGCAAAUAAUGAGCAAUGUAGCAAUUUUAACACAUUUCAUAAAUAUAUAUUUUGUCAUUGGUGGGGAGCACCAUUUGUUGUUUUGAAUAUACUUUAAAGGAAGAGGUACAAGGACAUAAAUGUUGAGAUUACCUACAGGAUGGAAAUAGCAGUACAGUUCAUUAUAGAUAUUUUGAAAUGUUUUUGAUUGUUUUAUAUAACCUAGAGUGACUUCCCUUACCCUUAUUUAGAUCUGGAUAUGUAGUUCUAGUUUGAAGUUUAAUAGUUAAGGAGUUAGCUAUUUGUUAUCUUUAAGAGUAGGGUAUUGACGUGAGCAAUUGCAGUAUUUUGCAUGAUACUGUUUUAUAGAUGACCUUUUAGGAAAGUGGUGCAUUUAUUAAUUGAACUGAAGAAGUAGUUCAGUUGAAUUCAGUAUCAUAACUCACAAAUUGGAGGCUGUUGAUUUUGAUUCAUUUAAGGUUUAAAAUCUUUAUUAAUUGCAAACAGUGCAAUUAUUUAUACUUCACAGUGCCUUCCCAGACCUUCCACCUUAGGUUCUGCUGCAAAAAGCACCAGGUAAGCACAACCUAAGGACAUAUAUAAAUAAAUAUUUCAGUACAUUAAUGUUGUCCCUGUGAGGUUUUUGUGGUUGUGUAUUCAAAGGCAAUCUGCUACUGCUUCCCCAAAAUGUAUUUUGUUAUUUUAUGCUACCAUCUUAGUGGAAAGUCUGUAAGUUGUUAAAGCAACUGUUUACAUUUCUGGGUAAUGUUUUUUAUUUUACUUUUUUUUUUUUUAUUAAGACAAGAAAAUGAUGAGUAGAUUGCUGCAGUAAUUGAUCUACAUCCAAAUCUUUUUGUAUUUUUUCCCCAAAUAUAGAAGUGUUAAGAUUAAGAAAGGACAAUUACACAGUUUUCAAGAUUUAGGAAAUCACUUGUUCAGAAACUUCAACAGCCUUCACAAUCUGUUUUAUAUGAUGGACAGAAAAAUUCUUUGCCCUCCAAAACUAUAAUUUCUUUAUUUUUUUCUUAAACUAUAAUAAUUCAGUAAGGAUAUUAUGGGUUACAAUUUUAUUAUGAUUUUUUUUCUGAGACAAAAGUUAUAUGCUGAAAAAGGAAAAAGUUAUAAGGCAGUAUGUUUUGAUAAAAGGCAUGUGCAUCAGUGAAAUGUUAACUGUACAGCAAAUAACCUUUCAUAAUCUGUAGCAAUCAGUAUUUUUCUGAUUUAAUAAUAUUUUAAUAACUGACGCUGCAUUUAUAUAAUUUUUUUGCCAGUUUAAAAUGUUUGUGUGUUUUUAUAGAUGAUUUUAACUGGUACAUAUUUUGAGUUAAGAUGAAUGUAUGAAAGCAGCAUCUUAUCAGUUUUGUUUAUUCAAUUUCUAAAAUGUGCUGAUCCUUUUAAAACUCCUGCUUAUCUCUGCAACAAAGAAAAAUAUUCAAAAAUACUGCCUUCAUUUUCACACACAGUGCUGAAGAUGCUGCAAGCACCAAAUCAUAGCUCAUAAAAUCAGGUCCUGAGAUAGUUACCCAUAAAGAGGAAUCCUUUGAGUGUAUGCCAUUGGUGAGCCGAUGAGCAUGGACCAUAGAAGGGCUCAAUGUAGAAGGUAAAAUUGGCAAAUCAUAAUUGAGAAAUAUGAAAUGUAUUCCCAUACAUAAUAUGGUAUAGGGUGUAAUGUACCUGCUUUUGAUCACUUUUCAUUUUAAAGUGCUAUUCACUUGAUCUUAAAUGUUCCAUGAACUGUUAAAUUUCUUAAGUUACAUAGUUAUUACACCACAUUUAUGUGUAUGUUAUGUUUUCAUAGUCAAUGAUAGGUAUGUAAAUAUAAAGGGACUCAUUGAAACUUGAGAGCCUGUCGAGUUUUGGUUAGUUGUAGAUUGCAUUUUUAUUAAAAAAAUAUAGAUAGAUGAAUGAUAAUAGAUAUUGGGGCACUGUUUCUGUCUCAUGAGAAUUCUUUUAUUCAUUACCAUAAGCCUUCACUGAUAAUAUAAGCAUUAUUUUAAAUGACGCUGGUCUUAAAUCUGAAAUAAAUGGAAAGCAGAAAAGGUGAGCCAGUUGAUUUGAAUGCAUUGGAUAUUAGUGUUAGAAACAAUGUAUAGUUUAGAUUGAAAUUGAACUGACUUUAUUUAGCACUUAAACAAAAAUUUGACAAUGUUUUUAGUUUUUUUUUAAGACAGCUUAGUGUGGUGAUACUUAGAAUUCUGUGGUUUGAUGUUUCUUUUAGAAAUGAGAAGUAUAGUUUUAUUUUUUAAUAUCAAAAAUGGUUUUAAUACUAAAACUAGUAAUUUAAUACUAGUUGUUUAUAAACAUUGUAAAAUAUAUCUUUUAAACAAAUUAUCUUAGUAGUUAAUUCAUAAGGGUGGGUUUGGGUAGGAAUAGCAGAGUACCUUCAGAGGGAAAGGGGAGUAAUUCAGAAGUGAUAGCAUUUUAUUUGUUUGAAUACUCUGCCAGUAAAAUCAGCUCUACUUAGAAAGUUAUUUGUUGUGUAGAAUAAUGAUGUAGAGUUUACUAAUCAGUGAGGAUGUCUUGUUUUUAUUUUCUGCAAACUCUGCCUCACUUUAAAAUGCAUUUUAACAAUACCUAAUUAAAGAUAAUUUUGGUUCUGAAAAUAACCUUAUUUUUUGUUGAGUUAGUGACUUCAUUUUUCUUGUCACAAUAUAAGCUUUUGAGGGAUUUUUUUUAAAUUGGUGCUUUUAAUAAGCAAAUCCCAGGGUUUUAUUUUCUUCAGUGAUACCCCUAUAGAAACUCUUAAAUGUAUUUGCGCAUAUAUAUAUAUUUUUUCUUAUGCAUGCUCGAUGCAUUUUCGUCCUGAGAAAAAUGUUCUCUACAGAAACUACCCGUGUGUAAAAAGAAGAUUGGCUUAAAAUGGCUACUGUGAUGGGAACAGUGUCUUAGGGAGAUGCAGCUUGGACUUGAGGUAAAUUGAAUACUUUACAAACUGUGGUUUAGAGUUUGCUUUAAUGACAUUGUAUGUAAAAGGUCACAUGAUAGCUGUAAUUUUGUAUUCAUUAUGGUCUCCUCAAUAAAUAAAUGUACAUUGAUGAAUAUUA